AUGCCUACAAAAAAUCAAUUGAUUCGUCAUGGUAGAGAAGAAAAACGGCGCACGGACCGUACUCGAGCUUCGGAUCAAUGUCCCCAGAAGCAAGGAGUAUGCCUGCGUGUUUCGACGAGAACACCGAAAAAACCUAAUUCAGCUCUACGUAAGAUAGCAAAAGUACGGUUGAGCAAUCGACAUGAUAUAUUUGCUCACAUUCCAGGCGAAGGUCAUAAUUCGCAGGAACAUUCUAUAGUCUUAGUCAGAGGGGGUAGAGUGAAAGAUUCGCCAGGUGUGAAAUCCCAUCGUAUUCGAGGAGUAAAGGAUUUGCUGGGAAUUCCGGAUCGUAGAAAGGGAAGAUCUAAAUAUGGCGCAGAAAGACCAAAAUCUAAAUGA